AUGGAGAACAGUUCAAAUAUUAAAAUCUCCAAAAACAUGGAGAACAGUAGAAUAAUCUCCAACAACAUGGAGAACAGUUCAAAUAUUAAAAACUCCAAAAACAUGGAGAACAGUAGAAUAAUCUCCAACAACAUGGAGAACAGUUCAAAUAUUAAAAACUCCAAAAACAUGGAGAACAGUAGAACAAUCCCCAACAACAUGGAGAACAGUUCAAACAUUAAAAUAUCCAAAAACAUGGAGAACAGUAGACUAAUCCCCAACAACAUGGAGAACAGUUCAAAUAUUAAAAGCUCCAAAAACAUGGAGAACAGUAGAACAAUCUCCAACAACAUGGAGAACAGUUCAAAUAUUAAAAUCUCCAAAAACAUGGAGAACAGUAGAACAAUCCCCAACAACAUGGAGAACAGUUCAAAUAUUAAAAUCUCCAAAAACAUGGAGAACAGUAGAACAAUCCCCAACAACAUGGAGAACAGUUCAAACAUUAAAAUCUCCAAAAACAUGGAGAACAGUAGAACAAUCUCCAACAAAAUGGAGAACAGUUCAAACAUUAAAAUCUCCACAAACAUGGAGAACAGUAAACAAUCUCCAACAAAAUGGAGAACAGUUCAAACAUUAAAAUCUCCAAAACAUGGAGAACAGUAG